GAAGCAUCGUUCAUUUUCAACAUUUCGCAACAUCAUUCGGAAAAUGUCAAACCUACUUCGAGGAAUGCAGCGUGCUUUUACUUUCCAAGGACACUCAAAUGGAAGGACCCUCCCACUGGAUGCAACAAGCGACGCGGCAUCAGGAGCGGUGGUGAAAUAUGAGGAAUCACUGGAGAAGAGGCCAAAAUAUAAGACGGGAGAUAGAGGCAUGAAACGCCUUCGCGAUCCUUCUAAUGCUGAGGUCGAUAUUGUCUUCGUCCACGGGCUACGCGGAGGCCGGGAAUCGACCUGGACGUAUCAUCGAACAGAUAACACAACCUGUUUAUGGCCGGAAAAAUUGCUUCGUUUGGACAUACCUAAAGCCCGGAUCCUGACUUGGGGCUACGAUGCGGACGUCAUCAGUGGCGGGAGAGUCGGAUCCAACGACAUCUUGGGCCAUGCUGACUGCCUAUGCACUGACCUGGCGAACGAACGAAUGAACACGCCAAGCAGUCGCCCAAUCAUUUUCGUCGCACAUAGUCUUGGUGGACUAGUAGUGAAGCAGGCCCUGCUGCACUCCCUCCAUUCAGUGACCCAGGAUCGCGCCCAUCUUCGCCCAAUAGUCACAGCAACGUGGGGAAUUCUGUUCCUUGGGACACCGCACCAAGGGUCGUCGCAAGAGCAAUGGGCGAGUGUAAUCCUGUCCUUCAUCGGCCGGUUCCAGAGCGUGAACGAUAAGCUCGUUAAGAGCUUGGAGUCCGGUAAUCCUGACCUUCGACGGUUGCAAGACGAGUUUAUUUCCCUUAUGCGAGACCGUUGGGAGCGCAAUCGCCCUUUGUAUGUUACGUGCUGCAAUGAAGAGCGGCCUACGAAGAUACUGGGAAUGAUUGUGGAACCCCAAUCUGCCCUUAUCAGUGGAUAUCAAAGCUUCAGUCUUCCUGGAGAUCAUCGCCAAAUCGCCAAGUAUGGCUCACUUGGGGAUACAGGAUAUAUAAGAAUAUCAUCCGAGAUCCAAAGAUGGAUCAAAAUUUGGCACGAAUCCCCAAAAGCAGCUCGCUCGGACCGAAAUGAUCGACGACCUUCGGAGCCCCAUGAGGACGACCGCGAUGGCGCAGAGAGUGCGCAUUUGCAGAGAGAUAGAAUUAUAAAGGGAGAGAAACCGAGUUUUAUUUAUCAGCCGACGAUAGCAUCCGGAAAACACGGUGUGGCAGCUCCGGUCUUCGGCACGGGUCCCGGCGCUACAAUCAUCAUGAGCGGUGAUAAUAUUAAACACAAGCAUUCCGAAACGCACAGAUCCUUCCAAAAGCACAGGGACAUGGGUAAGGGUAAACGGUCAGGCAUGGAAGGUGACUCGAAUUGGAGCAGUGAGGAAUAUUCUGAGUACUCACAUUCUUGGAGUGGCUCAGAGUAAGAGAAGUUCUAAAACUAUGGCCCGUUCUAUAGCCUCUGCGAUCAAUACGGUAGUUCUUCAGUACGGCAUCGAUAGGGUUCAUUCAAAUCUAUCCUGCUUCAUAUAA